AUCGAUCUCUCAAUUGAAAUAAUUAUACUUUGAAAUGGCCCGUGCUUUAGUGAAGCACGCUAUCCUGCCGUUUGCCAGAGAAAAAUUUCCAGUCUUCGAGUGAAAGACCUUUGUGUGCGCAUAAUUUUUUUGGCGCUGGUUUCUCGCGUGGGCAAGCCCAACAUGGCAGAUCUUACCACCCUCAACUAUAAUGACAUUAUAGGAACGUGUAAUAGAUUGAAAAGCUUUUUUGCGCAAUACACAUCCAUCAUAAUCGAUGCUAGCAACGGCAUUGCAAAGACAUUUCACGCACAGCUGCCAAAGAUUCUAGCAGAGAUCUUUGGAUCAACUACAAAACGUGGAUGGUUGCAAAUAGCGACGACAAAGCAAGAGGACAAAGCUGUCUAUGAGCUACUCGAGCCAAACGGUCCUUUCUUUACGUGUAUCUUACAAAUGCAAUAUCAACGCCAUUUUGCAUAUGAGAUCCUCCCUAAUAAGCUUCCUGCCAACAUCCAAGCAUUCUUCAAGCCAAGCGCAUAUCACCUCCUGCCUCCCAUAUAUUCCGACCGAAUGCAGACCUAUUCUCCAGAACAGAUGUCGUUUACCGACAACUCAAAUCCGUUCCAUGCCUCUCGGCAACUUUCUGCGUCACAAGCAGCCAUGGGACGCCGUAUAGCAGGAGCCAGUACGGGUGUCACCGACAUCAAGCUCACCUUCUCUGCCUAUGAAUUUUUUAUUUUCAAUUUUUUACAUGGCGCUAUAUGGAACACCUACAAGCAAGAGAUGGCAAAGCCACUUCCUCAUAUGACAUUUCCUACCCAGGCAUUUGGAGCGCGCCCUGCAUUUCCUCCUAGUAAACCAGCACAACCACAACCAAAAUGCAUGCUAAACACAAUGUACGCGCCGUUAUUGGAAGCCUAUGUAGCGUGGGCAUUGCCUACAUCGGCUGGUGGGAUGAAGGCAAGGAAGGAAGAAUCCAACUUUUUCUUUCAAGCUGCUUCUGAAGUGUGGGUCAAUGAAACAAUUCCAAAUUACGGACAAAGGCUUGCGGAUGAAGUGCUUUUUUGCAUUGCCACACUGUCGAGAGCGAUCAUGCAACAAGAUCUCAGGAAAGCGACAUCUGUGGGCAAAUUUCAUACCAAUGCUGACGUGAUAUCCUUCGCUUAUACUUCAAUGAAAGAUUGCAUGUAUAUCUGGUUAAAGGAGGCGAUUAAGAACUGGCCAUUAGAGGACUCGUUUUUGGAGAUUGUCAAUCUUUGGAGUAUUUGGGCCGCACCUUGGCGAUUUGGAGAUCCAGCUCGCAGUGAGGCAGACGACAAAACUAAACCUAUUGAAGAAGGAUGGGGACUGUAUAUAGCACACAACUUCUUGUUCUAUCAUACACUCGUGGAACUACUUUUGCUUAGAUCUGCAAAAUAUGGAUACGCGGAAAACGCACCACGGUACCACUAUGUCAUUCGUAGUGUAGCAACAAGAUACAGGGACAAUGGGUCAGUGAAAGGCGAAGUUCGCUCACUUCUUCGGCUGGUUAAUGUGCUUUCACUGGAAGGAAUUGUACCACUUCUAUCUGAGAUCGAGCAGGCUCUCACGACUCAACUAAAUGCACAAACAAGCACCCGCCAAGAUCUUGGUAUUCAAUCCCCAAUAUUAGCUCAAGUCGAUCCCGCCAUUUCAGCUAUCUUACCGGAACUACGAUCUAAUAUGGCUGUGUUAGAAGGGCCUGAAUGGUCACCGCCAACGAUGUAUUCGAAAUAUAUGCCUAGCGCCAAGAAUCCCAUCGACGAUGCACUAUUGGCUCUGAAGCAAUCGAUAUAUCUACGGUUCUCAAUGCUUCCAAAACAACAAGCAGCAGGAUCCAGUAGUGGCGACUCAAAUUGGAGGAAUAUUGUGGCUACGACAUCACAUGUAGCACCUAUGAGUCGUGCUUCGCUUAGUCCUGAGGCAGCCUCACGUGUGAGAAAGCAAGCUACUGAAAUGCAACGUCUAGCUCAAUCUUUAGGCACAAUGUUCAAUAUACCAGCUGCUGAACUGGAACAUUUAGCGCUAGCUGGUUCCAUCGAUGAUGAUGCAGCGGCCAGGCAACUCCAAUCCAGGAAGGGACCGGUACGGACACUCUUUGCAGAAAUCUCACAACAAGUUCGACAACGUGGAUUCCUCAGCUCUGAAGGCAAAAAGGAGGUUCAAGAAGGUUUACGAAAAUGCAGCAACCUUGAUGUUCCAGCCCUUGGUCCUCGAGCAGAGCACAUGGUUCGAUCCUACGAAGUUGCCAUUCUUAUACCAUACGUUGUAUGGUUUGACAGGCAUCUCAACAGAUAUUAUCAACGCUUUGUUCCAGAGACUUCGACAGUCUUUCCACCACGGCUUACUAUUCGGCCAAUAGCAGCUUGGAUCAACCUUGCUUACUUGCUACUUAUCAUACUAUUGUGGAGAUGGCUCUUCAGCUAGAGAUAUACAGCCAGGUAUUUUAGACUGGUAUCAUUCUUAGAAACUAUAGCAUGAAUUUGAAACACGCACAUACGGGUAUUCAUUGUAUCUUGUGGGAUUAAAAAGUCAAACAUCCUCGUGGAUCAAACAAGCACUUUCAGUGUUGCAUGCGAAAUACUGCU